AACGUCGAGGAGUCGCUCGUUCCGCUCGAGGUCGCAGAGGGAUUAGUCAAAUUGAAAAGGUGUCAGAUCCGCUCGAGGUCGCAGAGGGAUUAGUCUAAAUUGAAAAGGUGUCAGAUUCGCUCGAGGUCGCAGAGGGAUUAGUCUAAAUUGAAAAUGUGUCAGAUCAGGUCUCCUAGCGCGCGCACGAUUCAGUCGAACUGCCUGGCGAGGGUGACAUUAUUUUCUUGACCUUCAGUAAACCAAGGAUAGGAAAAUAACUGAAUGAAGUCAGAGUUUGACUUUCAACCACUUAUCAGAAAGUCUUCUGGAUAUUGUUUCGCUAGCAGCAUAACUUCUUUAUACACACAUCUUCUGUGCGGUCUUCUCCUUGAGCCUCGGCUCCAAGCACCUGACAAACGCUAGCUGAGCACUACUCUACACUCCUCCAAUCCUUCAACAGGGACCGGACAACCUGUGAACACAUUUACAAUAAUGGUUUUACUGUUUCAGGUUGGCGGAAACAGCUGAGAACCCAACACACACCUUGCCCUAAGGACAAUUCCAGGCAGACUCCAUUUGAUUUACAUCGGGACAGACAACCAGGCCCCAUACACAAACACACACUCUGGAAACCAAGCAACCAACAGAAGGCAGAGGAACACAGCCUCUAACAACCAACUACCCCACCUAUCUCACCAUCUCACCCAUUUGAUGCCUAGCCUAACCUAGGCCCGGAGAUAAAAAUGUUCUCUGCUGGCUGUUCUGGUUGAUUCCUAUCUGACUGACACACGCAGGCAGACAGACUGGCUGGUUUGGGCGUUUUGUGACGCUCUUCUGUACGUUCAUCAUCAUUGUGUAUCCGAAGGAAUCAACAUGCACCUGGCUGGUUAAGGUUGAGGCCUCGAAUGACAAGGACCACUUAGACGCGGUAUAGACAACUGACCUCGUAAGGACCGUGUGUGGUUACUGGUCACUGGUGUGGUGGUCAGGUAUGGGUAAGGAACAGGACUUCCUGGUGGCAGUGAAGAGUGGAGACAUCCUCCUGGCACACAAACUUCUGGCUAAAGUUAAAUGCAACAAAACCAAGUUGCUGAGUUCCACAAAGAGGCUGAACAUCAACUAUCAGGACUCAGAUGGGUUUUCAGCGUUACACCAUGCAGCUCUAACGGGCACCACUGAACUUCUGUCUCUACUACUGGAGGGUCAAGCAACUGUGGACAUCAAAGACACCAAUGGUAUGCGUCCGCUCCACUAUGCAGCGUGGCAGGGUAAAGCUGACUCUGUGUUGCUACUACUAAGAGCUGGAGCAUCAGUUAACACACCGUCACAAGACGGACAGAUACCUCUACACCUGUCUGCACAGUAUGGACACUACCAGGUGUCUGAGAUGUUACUCCAGCACCAGUCUAAUCCAUGUCUGUUGAACAAAGCCAACAAGACCCCUCUGGACCUGGCCUGCGAGUUUGGCAGACUCAAGGUGGCUCAGUUGUUAUUGAGCAGUAACAUGGUGGUAGCUCUGUUGGAGGGGGAGGGUCUAGACUUUACCUCCUCCAACACACCCCUUCACCUGGCCGCUCGCAAUGGACACAAAGACAUCAUCAGGUUGCUACUGAAGGCUGGUAUAGACAUCAACAGAGCCACUAAGGCUGGGACCUCUCUGCACGAGGCUGCCCUCUAUGGCAAAACGGAAGUAGUGCACCUGCUGCUGGACGCUGGUAUUGAUGUAAACCUAUGUAACACGUACAACCAGACAGCUCUGGACAACGUUAACCAGUUCACCACCACAUCAGCCAGCAAGGACAUCAAGAUACUAUUGCGAGAAGCAUUAGGGUCUCUCCAGGUGAGAGCGGUGAAGGACUACUGGAACCUUCAUGACCCUACAGCCCUCAACCUUCGAGCAGGAGACCUCAUUAUGGUGUUGGAGCAGCACAUGGACGGAAGGUGGAAAGGUUAUAUUCAUGACAACCAGAGAGGAACGGACCGGAUUGGAUACUUCCCUCCGUCUGUAGUGGAGGUCAUCAGCAGGAGAGCAGGGGGUACUCUCUCACGUCAGGUCUCGUUGCCAAGCCAACGGCAGCAGCACUUCCUGUCCAGAGCUCCUCCCACCAGUAUUGGCUCUACCCCCCAGACUGAUGACUCCUACACCUUGUACUACGACCACGCAGGUACCUGUACACCUGGCAGUCUCCUUUCAGCCCCAGCUAGUCCAGCUAGCCCCAGUGAGGACAUAUGGGUCCUCAGGAACUCUCACACUGCAGGAGACAGGAACAGUGUUGGCAGUGCAGGCAGCAGUGCAGGUAGUGUAGGCAGCAGUCGUAGUGCUGGCAGCGGGCAGAGCUCCGAGAACAGUUUUGGACAGAACGGGUCACACACUCGCCAAACAGCAGCCACAUUGGGUUCCUACAUGGCCACGCUGGCUCCCUCUGCUGGUGAAUCAGAACAGCAGUUUCGCUCAGUAGGACCAGUCCACAGCAAACAACCUGAUGGAUCUACAGGUGGUCCGCGUCAUCAGGUCAGCGGUGGUACUCGGUCAGGGGAGCAGGGUGGCUUCAUGCGUCCAGAUCAGCUCCUGGAGGGCAGGGACUCUGAGGCCAUCUACCAAUGGCUGUGUGAGUUCCAGCUGGAGAGCUACACUGCUAACUUCCUUACAACAGGAUACGAUGUGCCUACUAUCAGUAGGAUGACCCCAGAGGACCUGACCGCUAUCGGUGUGACCAAGCCAGGCCACCGUAAGAAGAUCUCCAUGGAGAUAGGCAACCUAAACAUCCCAGAAUGGCUACCUGACUACAUCCCUUCUGAGCUGUCAGAGUGGUUGAGUGCGAUUGGUCUCCCUCAGUACCAGAAAAGACUGUGUGAGAACGGUUAUGACACCAUCAGCAUCAUCAAGGAUAUCACAUGGGAAGACUUAUCAGAGAUAGGAAUCACUAAACUGGGUCAUCAGAAGAAGCUGAUGUUAGCCGUGAAGCGUUUAUGCGACCUGCAUCGUUCCCGUCACCAUGCCAAUGGCUCCGGCACGCUACGGUGUAGUAAACCCCUCACGGCUCUGGAGCUGGUGGCUAUCGAGCCCCCCGAGCCCCCUGCCGACUGCUGCCCCCCAUCCCCCCACACUCCCAGGACACCCCUCCUUUCCUUUCAGGACAGCGAGCUGAGCACAGAGCUACAAAACGCCAUGAUGGGCAGGGCAGGAGGAGUGGGGAUAGGGGGGUUUGGGAUGUGUGUGAGAGGUGUGGUGAGGGGUGUGGUGUCGCCGAUGUCGCUCAGCCAGGAGAGCAUUGGAACGCGUUCCCGCGGAUCUGGGAAUUCUGGGAAUUUUUCGGGAUGUUCCCAAGAGCUUCACCAACACACUCUGGCAUCGGCUGGAGUGUACAGUCGCUCGGACGAGAGCCUGGGGGGAGUGGGAGGAAGAUGGGCGAGACAGGGGGGAGGAGGGAGUCCAGAGAGAGACAGGCAGAGACCCACAGAGUUGUGGUCAGACCAGCUGUACCAGCCCCCCACUAAACUACCAAUCACCCCCAUCACCCCUCCUCUCACCCCCAGCAAGAUGCCCCGCUUCGCCUACCCAGCCGUGCCCAGUAAACCCAAACCCUGCCAGUCCCCUGCCCACCCCCAUCGCCCCUCCUUCUCUCCCCAGGCCUCCCCCACACAGAGGACCUUCAGUUACCUCCACACCCAGGGAGGAGGUCCCGAUCUGGGCCCGCGUGGUCUACCCAAGCCCCAUGCUGGAGCUGUCCCCCUCCCAGGACUAGGCCUCAACACAGAGGCCCUUAAGGGCCCUAAGAAACGCACCCAGAGUCUGACACACUAUUCUCUGUCAGAUGGAGAACCGGAAGACGACGAGUUAUCGGCGCAAGAAUCCGUUCCCCCGGUGACCAUGCCCUCGUACGCCACACUAGGACGCAAACCAGGCCGCCAAUCCUCCGCCGUCCAACGCCACAUCAGCCGGAGCCACACAUUCGCUGUGCGCUCUCGCCGCAAAGGCCCACCCCCACCACCACCUAAGAGGUUGAGCUCGGUGAGUGGCAGCCAGGCCAACGAAUCAGGAGCAGCAGUAGUGUCAGUGGAGGUGCCAGGGGUGGAGACUGAGAGUGCAGGCAGUGUGAGGAGCAUUGCAGCCAGGCUACAGGGGUCCGGGCACAGGGGCAGUCCCUCUAAGGGGGUAGAAUUACCCUCCCCACGCACCUCCACCCUCGCCUCCCACAAACCUGUACCCGCUCUGGGGCUGGAAGGCCUGAGGAGGAUGGGGAGCGAGCGGAGGGAUAGAGAUGGAGGGAUAGAGAGAAUCCCAGAAGAGGGGGGAGAGAGAGGGAGGAAGAGUGGUUCAGUAUUGGAAAGCUCUACGUCACUUCAGAGGAGCUCCAGUGAGAACCUCCCUUUCGCGGAGGAGGGCAACCUCACCAUCAAACAGCGGCCCAGGUUGGGAGCAGGUUGCCGGGCAGAGCCUGAAAUCCAACCCCAGGCUUCUCUACAAGACCCAAAGAUGCAGCCCCCAAAGUCCCUGGAGAUCCCAGAGUUCAACCUCAAAGAGUCGGACACGGUCAAACGGCGGCGUCAGCCCAAAGACCGGGACACACACACACUGGACGAGAUCUUCACCCCCAGCGAAGAUGACGCACACACACAGCCGCACACACACAGCCGGUCCAACGGCUUCCACACACACCCAAACAGAGACAUAAAGAGUGAGGAGGAAGCAGGUGUGAGGUCAGAGCGCAGUUUACAGAGAGUAGGAUCGACAGGGAAAUGUCAGAAACCACCUCUGUCCUCCAAACCAACCAGCACUCCCCUCAAACCAGCUGGUCAACAGAUACACACAACUACAUCUAAACCAGGAAGUCAACAGAUACACACAACUACAUCUAAACCAGGCAGUCAACAGAAGACAGCACCAACGUCCAAAUUAGGUAGCACACACAACCAUAUAACCACUCCUAUACCAGCCAUUCAACAAAUACACACAACUUCAUCAAGACCAGCCAGUCAACAGACACGGGCAACUAUCCAUAUACCAGCCAGCCCACAAAAUACACGCACAACCAACUCUAUACCGAUCAAUCCACAGAAACUAGUAACAGCAGCCAAACCAGCCAGUCCACAGAAAACAAUAACAUCCAAGCCAGUAAAUCACCAGACGCCUGCUACUGUCUCUAGACUUCCCCAGCGCAGCACAUCCAUAACGUCAGCCCCUACAGCCCGUUCCCCUGGUGUGACUCUCAAUGUGGUCCAGAGUGUGGUUUUCACUUCCCCAGCCCAGGCAGCCCCCGUUUCAUCCUACCGCACCUUAGGGCCUCCAGGCCAGGCAGGGCGAGCAGUAAAGGCCCAGGAUGGUAAGGCCUGCUCGGAGGUACUGGUUCAGAGGAGGCUGGAUGAGACCAGCACGUCACUCGAGGAAGCUCUGAAAGAUGUAGAGAGGAAACUGGCUCAGGACGACACUGACGGUGGCAGCGGCACAGUGAAAGCAGCAGGGAAUAUUCUGGAUGACAUCGGCAACAUGUUUGGUGACCUCGCUGACCAGCUGGAUGCCAUGUUGGAUUAAAUCCUCUUCAUUUCACUCAAGGCAAACUGAAUAGGAUCAGCUGGGUUCACUGGAUUGGGUUGGAUUGCCUAGAUACCUAGGCUUUGACCCAAAUGGCACCCUAUUCACUAUAUAGUGCACUACUUUGGACCAGAGCCCUACAUGUCCUGGUCAAAGUAUUUCACUAUAUAGGAAAUUAGCGAACCAUGCAGAACGGUGCCCUAAACUUGCUUAGACUGAUCUGCAUGUUUCCAACAUCCACUCUCAUAGGGUGGAUGACAGAAAGUAUGAGGGAGGGGAAAGGAAGGGUGAGGGAAUGUAAAAGGGUGAGAGAAGGGAGAUGGGAGCCGUAGGGAGAGGGGAGCCGUAGGGAGAGGGGAGCCGUAGGGUUGAGGAGAGCAGAUAUCUUACACAAACACUUUGUCAUCAGAAUUUUUUACGCAAGCGCUUACUGAGGGAUACACCUUACUGAGGGAUACACCUUACUGAGGGAUACACCUUACUGAGGGAUACACCUUACUGAGGGAUACACCUUACUGAGGGAUACACCUGUGGGUUGUGUUGUUGGAAUAGCAUCAGUGAGAGGCACACACACCAGGACUUAUCUAAACUGAAGAACAUAACCCUGGAUCAAUGGUUUUGCUAGGCAGACAGCACAAUAACACAGAAAAGUGUACUGUGAUUUAUGACAUCGAGCACAGGUUUAUGACAGAGCAUGCGUGGCUUUGCUAAAGCUUUGCGCUGAGCCAACCAGAUUUUACCAAUGGGAAUAAGGGUCCAUUUUUAACAUGUAUGUAUUGUAAGUUGUAUUAUAUUCUCGUCUUAAACUUUACCCAAUGUUACAUUAAAGUGUGUCAAUAUUUUUAACAUGAGAUAAAUCUUUAACGUUCCUGAAAACUGA